AUGGAAGAGAGGCUUGAUGGCGUUGAGAAAGAAAUGAAAAGGAAGGAGAACGAGAACAAUGAUGGUUUUUAUCAAACCAUGGAUUAUGACUGGAAUGGAGGGAGUUAUGACAGAAAUGGAAAAGAGAGUCAAGAAAAGGCUAAGAAGAAAGAUAAAGGUUCUGAGGAAGAGAGAGAAUCUGAAGCUGAAGCUGAAGAAGACAAAGAAAAAGAGGAUGAAAUGGUUGAGGAUGAAGUCACUGAAAAAGAAAAAGAAUCUGAAGAGGUUCAAAAAGCGGCUGAGAUGAAUGAAAACAAGGAGAUUGAAGAAGAGGUCGAAACAGAGGGUCAGGUUGAAGAGACUGAAUCUGAAGAGAAGACUUCCACACCACCACUUGAUGUUGUAGAGGAGGCUGAUAAGAGGGUUGAAGAGGAGGCUGCGGCUGUGGUUGAAGAAGAAGCUGAGAAGGUGGUUGCAGAGGAGGCUGAGAAUGUGGUUGAGGAAGAAGCUGAGAAGGUGGUUGCAGAGGAGGCUGAGAAUGUAGUUGAGGAAGAGCCAAAAAAAUACACUGAUGAAGAGAAACAAGGGUGGAUUCUUACAAUUUGCAAGACCAGUGAUGGAAUUCCUGCUGUGGAUAAGACAGAUGGAACUGAGGGAACUCCUACUCGUACUGGGGUGAAGCAUAGGCCUAAGGCAAUGGCGGUGAGAAAGCAUGCUCCUAAUCUGAGGGGCAGACCGAGGAAGGAUGCUCAACCAAAGAAGUUCACAACGCCACAACCAACAAAACGGACACGUGCACGAUCACAAUGGGUUUCCUCUCCUUACACUGAAGGUAAUACUGAUGAGAUUGAAGGGUGCAAGAAGAAGCCUAGAACAGAGGCUUAG